AAGGAAAACAAUAUUCAUAGUUUUUAUUCAGAACUUUACUGAUCAGGAUGGAGGGUUUAAAGCUAAAAGAUUUCUCUGAAAGUGCUCUACCAAUAAUGGUAGAGAAUUGUUUAAAUAAUAAAAAUAUAGUAAUUAUAUCAAAGAGAAGACGAACAAAAGCUAUAGCUCAUUUAUUAAAUGAACGAAAUAGAAGAUUUGAAAUUCCUAAAGACUAUUCGGGAUGGUUUGCCAUUUCUAAACAAGAUUUUGAACCUCAAGUCGAAAGUAAUAAUAACUUAAAAGAACUUAUUGAAUCUGGAUGUAAAAAUUUUAUGUUAUUUAAGAGUUUAACUGCAAAAUAUGCUAAAUUAGUCAACGACGAUAUUAUUGAAUUACUUGAGGAGAAAAUAUUAUAUCCGGGUGAAAUUUUAAAGGUUAAUAAAUGUUGUAAAAGUUCAGUUCAAUCGAAUAAUGAAAGAUCUCAGAGUUUAGAUGAAGAACUACUACUUUGUACUGACAGAAAAAAUCGAAAUAUAGCUAUACCUUUAAAUUCAUAUGGUGAAUUUAAUCCUAUUGGUGAUAAGAAUUAUCUUAAACCAAAUGCCCUAUUCCAAAUGGAGUUUAUAUUAAAUCACUUUGAAUUUCCAAUAAAUAUAAAAUUGGCUUUUUCUCAUGCUCCAGCAUCUUUUUCACCGACUUUUAAUGGUUUGUUACAAUUAAUUGAAGUUCAAAAAGAAGAUUCCUUCGUUAUUGGCUAUCCUCUCCAAUCUGAGAAAUUAUUAGUUCAAGAAAUUCCAAUGAAAGAAAAUCUAAGAUUUAGAAUAGCUUCACAAUCAAUCAAUAAUUCUUGGUUAUCCGAUGUAACUUCAAAUUUAUUUAAAUAUAUAACGAAUAUUAAAGAAUUGAAAGAAUCAUCUACGCUUCCCACAUGUAAUUUAAAACUCUUUGACGAAUGUGUAAUUAUGUUUCCAAAAGUAAAGGAAGAGAAGAAAAUGUCUACAUCUUGGAUGUUUCCUUUUUACGAGGAGAACAAGGAGGCAGAACCUAUGUUACGGGAAUUAAAAAAUAACUAUUCUAAUAGAGAAUCUACUGUAGCCUUGAGAAAUGCUGUAAAGAGUGGUAUAAUAAGACCAAUUUCAAUUAGAGAAGAAAACCUCAUUGAUGCUUAUUGUUAA